CUCCUACUUAACUUUCCCGGGCCGGUAUAUACCUUGGCAAGUACUUCAUUACCAAGCAAUAUAGAGUACCUGUGUAGGUACCUAGGUACCUCUCUUUUUUUUCUCCCUCCUCCCCACUAAAGAAGGCGCCUACAUAUACAUAACCGCCACCCAAUCUUUGGGUGCCGAUUUCGCAUGCUAGCAUGCAUCCUUACCUCAUCCCUCCCGUCGCUCUCUCGAUUACCAACCGGGCCUUUACUUUCUCGCCAGCCCGUCCCCGAUGCCCUUAAAGUAACCCCGAUCUAGGAAGUGUAGCUAUCCAGACAUCCACCCACUUACCCGCGAAUCAAAGACACCCUCGUCUGGCGCUCUCCUCGCCUCCUACUUGCAGAGUAUCCGUCCUCCCUGGUCCUCUCCCGUGAUAGAGAAGAAGUGUGAUAUAGAAGGGUUCGAUCGUUAGAAAGCGUUCCACCUUUAUCCUGUCUUGUCUAGUAACCGCCACUCCUCCAUUGCCGCACCGAUUCCCGCGAAACUCUAGUUCACGAAUCCUAAACCACAACCUCUACCAAAAUCUCAAAAAGGGCAGCUACUCGAACGGCUCACAUCGCAUCAUAUCACGUCGCAUUGCCCACCUCCUCAACCUUAGGGGGACGAGGCCUCGCCACCGUCUCGUCCUUCCCUUCUCCCUUCCCGCCUACCUCGUCUCCGCCUUCUCGCUCUCCAGAGACGCCCCCCGCCCACCAUGUCGGCGAUCCUCUCCGCCGACGACCUCAACGACUUCAUCUCCCCGGGUGUGGCCUGCAUCAAGCCGGUUGAGACGCUCCCGCCCGCACCGCAAAGCGCGAACUCCUCUCUCGAACACGAAGUCAUCCUCGAUGGCCAACAGCCGGGCGGCACCGCCAACGCGCCCGCCCAGAUCUCCCUGACCGACUGCCUCGCCUGCUCCGGCUGCGUGACCUCCGCCGAGGCCGUCCUCGUCAGCCUGCAGAGCCACGCCGAACUCCUCAGCGUCCUCGACAGCGCCCCGGCUCUGCGCAUAGUCCCCCGCAGCGGCAGCCAUAGCAAUACCCACACAAAUGGUGCCACCGGAGGCGGGCCGAAACCGGCGUUUGAGGUCCACGGCCUCCAGAACCCGGACAGCAAGCUCUUCGUAGCUAGCGUGUCGCCGCAGACGCGGGCGAGUCUGGCCGCCGCCGCUGGUCCGGGGGUGUCAGAGCGCGACGCCGGCCGCGCCAUCGCGCAGCUGCUGAUGGGCCGUGAUGGCUUGCGGGCCGGUGGCCGGUGGGGUAACGGGUUCGCGUGGGUUGCGGACACGAACGCGGCGCGAGAAGCGUGCCUCGUUCUAGGGGCCGAGGAGGUGCUCGGCGACGGCAGCGCCGCCACGAAGCCCAUCCUGGCGUCGAGCUGCCCCGGCUGGGUCUGCUACGCCGAGAAGACGCACCCGCACGUCCUGCCGCACAUGUCGCGCGUCAAGUCGCCUCAGGCGCUCACGGGAACCCUGCUCAAGACUGCACUGAGCCGCACGCUAGGCAUCCCGCCAAGCCGCAUAUGGCACCUGGCCGUCAUGCCGUGCUUCGACAAGAAGCUCGAGGCGAGUCGCGAGGAGCUGACAGACGCCGCCUGGAACGGGGCAGGUGCCGGUUCGGACGGCCGAGGGGUCAGGGAUGUGGAUUGCGUUAUCACGAGCAAGGAGAUUUUGAUGUUGACUGAGUCGCGGAGUAUCGAUUUUUUCGCACUAUCCAGAACACCGGUCCCCGACACAUUACAGAUGCCCUUCCCCGACCCUAUACUACACCACUUCCUUUUCCCUCCCCGUCGGAGAAGCGGCCAGCUGGACGCGCUCGCGGGGACCUCGGGGGGCAGUCUAUACUACACGUUACAGUAUGUCUCGGCGCGGCACGCCGGGUCGCGGAUCGAGACAGUUCGCGGUCGAAACGCUGAUGUCGCCGAGUACACGGUGAUAUCUGCUGAAGGGGAACUCAUAUUCAAGGCAGCGCGGUAUUACGGCUUCCGCAACAUUCAGAACCUAGUCCGUCGAUUGAAGCCGGCGCGGCCGUCGCGGAUGCCGGGAGCCGCCGCCCGGAGAGCGGCGGGUAGAGGGGCGGCCGGGCUAGAGUACGCAUAUGUCGAGGUUAUGGCGUGUCCCGGAGGCUGUACAAACGGUGGCGGCCAGAUCAAGGUGGACGAUCCCAUCGUGAAGGAGCGGAGGGGGAAACUAGGAUCCAAGCCCGGGGCCCAGGAGCAGAAGCAAUGGCUGGCGCAGGUCGACGAGGCGUACUUCUCGGCUGAGGACUCCUCGGACGAUUUAGAGGGGGUGGUAACCAACGGAGACCGGUUGCAAGGACGGGGUGACGUGGUCGGAGGCAUCUCUUCGUCCUACAUACGUGACGUGCUGGCACAUUGGGGAGAUAUAACCGGGAUAGAUAUCGAUAGACUAGUCUACACGAGUUAUCGCGAGGUAGUCAGCGACGUUGGUAAGAACAGCAAGGGCGGGACUACGACCGGCGGAAUGGAGAGGGUGGUCCAAUUAGCCGGUAAGAUCGGCGGCGGGUGGUAGUGGAUAAUUAGGUAGCUGAGCUGAAACCUGAGCCCCGUCCCGCCCAAGGGGAAAUAGAAGAAGAAUUAGAAGUAGCGGCAGCAGAUGCGAUUGUGGGUGGUAAGUGAAGUAGUAGGAAUAGUAGCGGUAGUAGUAGUAGUAAUUCAGUCAAUCAGCCACAACAAUCAAUCAGCUAGUCUCAGCUGUCUUUGGAGCCGGGGUGUCGUGCAAAGCCGAAUCCUCCUCUCCCAGUCCCGUCCGGACCACGCGGGGCGCGGAUGGCUUGGUUCUCGUCCCGCGGGGCGGCAGCCGGGGAGCGUCGGCCGUGGCUAUUGCCCCGUCGUUCGAAAUGGGAGCCGGGCAUGGGAGAGUAGUUUGGGUCGUAAAGCUCUCGGCCGCCAGCGCCAGCGCCUGCUCCCCCUGUCCCGAGUUGGGGGCCCGGCCGCUGGUUGCCGUUGUCGUAAUUGUUAUUGUGCCGGUAGCCGGCGGCGGCAGCACCACCGCCUCUCCCGCCGCCUCUGGCCCGACCGCGAGGGCCACGCCCGUCGGUCGAUCGGGGAGGAGGCGUUGUCGCGGUCGGGGCGCCGUCGUUGCUGGUGCCGAAGAUCUUGGCGCGCGCCUCGUCGUAGCGGCGUUGCCUCUCGUCGCGCUCGCGCUGCUGCUUGGCGAGGAUCUGCUCGGGGGUGAGGCGGGCGCCGUUCUUCCUCGCGUCGGCGUCGUCGUCGUCGUAUUCGCCGCCGCCGCCGCCGCCGCCGU